AGAUAUCGUUUGUCUACCGAAACAGAUACAAGAAGACGCCAUGUGCUCUAAGGUCCUACUUGCAUCCUUCUGCCUUGUGGCUGUGGUGAUGGGACGCCCUGAUGGCUCCCAUGCCCCUGGAGGGUACGGGUAUGCUGCCCCUAAACAUCAACAGAGCUACGAGGAGGGGAGGCCAUUCGACUACUCCUACGUCGUCAAGGACGCCUACCAAAACCUCGACUUCGGUCACAAGUCCACCUCCGACGGGAAGGUGGUGACCGGCGACUACCACGUCCUCCUCCCCGACGGUCGCAAUCAGACCGUCGUUUACACCGCCGACGGCUACAACGGCUACCAAGCUCAGGUUGCUUACCACGGAGAAGCCAGGUACCCCGAAGUCAAACCCUAUGCCCCUGCCCCAUCCUACGGCGCCCCUGCUCCUUCCUACGGGGCCCCUAAACCCACUUACAAAGAACCUGCCCCGGUUUAUGGAAUCCCAGCUCCCAUCUAUUAAGAACUAGAAGCUCUCUGUGACAUUCCCGGUCACUGAACUGUUAUUUCUAGAGACUCCUGUAUUUAUUCGUCAAAUAAAUAAAUAGAAACUGAA